UCGAGUCCAACAAUGUGAAGCCAGCCGUUAGAAAUUUAAUGUAUAAAAAUAUGGAUUUAAAUUCGGCACGAAUGGUUGCUCGUAUUAACGUUUUAUCGUGUUAAUUUUCAAAUCACCAUCUAUAAUAAUUAGAUAAAAAAUGAAAAGCUUUGAAUCCAAAAAACUAUGUAACUAUAUCGUUUUAUCAUGCGUUAAACUAAGAACUUUUAUUUUGAAUUUAGCCUUUAUCUUUGUUGACAUUUUUACUUACACCGGCUGCAUUCAUCGUGUGUAGCAUCAUUUAGCUUUUACUUUUCGGCACUAAAUAUACUCAAAUGUGCCAGAAAAGGUCUGAAGAAUAUAUAUGGCAGUAAGACCACCAAUUAAGAUGGAAGACAGGCAGUAUUCAUCUCUGACGGCCCCUAUGGAUUAUCUUCAGUACUGGUAUCAAACCAAUUCUCAGCAGUACCAGGCAGAGCAGGUGCCACAGUACCACCAGAUGGUUAAUGCCGCCCAAUACGCCGAGAGACCUGUGGAGGACAAAAUCAUGACUGAUCUUUCAGUGCAUCAAGAUCCAUAUCUGGAUCAACCUCAGCAGCUUCAUCAACUCUCUGCCCAACCACCAGCCCUUCCGACGACUCCAGCAAAAGGAAAGAAAAGGGGAAGGCCUCCAAAAGGUGAAGGAAAGGAGAAGACGGAAGCUGAAGAGUCUGCCAAGAAAGCGAAGAGGACGUUAAAUCGGUUCAACGGGAUGUCAGUGGAGGAAGUCAUGGCUAGAAAGCUGCCAGACGUCAUCACACAUAAUCUUGACAUGCUGAUUAUCGGCAUCAAUCCUGGACUUUUGUCAGCCUACAAGGGAAGGCAUUAUCCAAAUCCUGGGAACCACUUUUGGAAAUGCCUAUAUCUUUCUGGGCUGACUGAGGAACAGCUCAACCACAUGCAUGAUCAGACGCUUCCUGAACGGUAUGGCAUUGGUUUCACAAAUAUGGUGGAGAGGACAACACCUGGGAGUAAAGACCUAUCAAACAAAGAGAUCCGUGAAGGUGGCCACCAGCUUUUGGAAAAGCUCCAGAAGUACAGACCUUUAAUCGCUGUGUUCAAUGGAAAAUGUAUUUACGAAACAUUUUGCAAGGAGAUUUUUGGAGUAAAGGCUAAGAACUUAGAGUUCGGAUUGCAGCCUUACAAAGUGCCGGAAACAGAGACGGUUUGCUAUCUGAUGCCAUCAUCAAGCCCACGCUGUGCCCAGUUUCCUCGUGCUCAGGACAAAGUGCACUUCUUCAUCAAGUUAAAGGAGCUCAGGGAUCAAAUGAAGGGAGUGGUGAAGACUCAAGAGAUCCAAGAGACAAACUACACAUUUGAUCUGACUGUGGCCAAAGAGGAUGCCAAAAGACUGGCAAUCAAAGAAGAGCAGCAUGACCCCGGAUAUGAGGAGACCUGUGCCCAUGGAUCACAGCAGCACCCACAGCAAGCAUUUGGGGUCCAUCCUUCUCCGGACACAGACCAGGUAUCGGACAACCGGUGGACGAUGCAGCCGUUUGCAGACCAGAUUCCAGACAUCAGAUGUAGCAACAGCAACUGAAUAGCCUGAGAAAAGUAGUUAUCGCACAAAGACUGUUGUCUACACUGUAUGUACUGAGAAGGACCAACUAAACUUUUUUUUUAUUAUUGUUUUAUUUCAUAUUUGAAUGUGUUUUGCCUGUUUCCUGAAGUUGUUACCUGAAUUAUUUCAGUGUGUGAAAGCGUGAAUGACUUUCUGAUUGAGACAUUUCUUAAUUUU